CGGUCCAAAACUGGCAAGUGGCAGGCAGGAGACGACACAAUGUCUGUGGACUUUAUACUGCCCAAUCGCAACAAGAUACAAACGAUUGCCUAUGCGAGCAAAAAGUAUGCGGCAUCUGCCACCGAGCUGCAAAGCUGGCGACGUCCCAAGCCGAAGCCAAAGGCGAAACCCAAAGGCGGACAGACGCCUCAGCAUCAUCAUCAUCAUCAUCCACAGCAUCCACAGCAGCAUCCACAGCAGCAGCAGCAUCAACAACAGACGACAACACUGCGCAAACUGAGGCCAGCACAGAGCUCCAAUCCCAAUGAGGACAAGUCCUCAGUGCUGCGGAAUGCCAAUAACAAUAACAGUAAUAGUAACAAUGGCCAAGGCAAGAUGACGCUCAAGUCUAGCCUCAAGCAAAAGGAGACCAAGCGAAACGGAAGAGCUGCCGCAUUCAAGCGUGAGUUAAUCGAGCUGGCCAACAACAACGACAACGACAAUGAUGAUGAUGAUGACGAUGAUGAUGAUGAGUAUGUCGAUGAUGAUGUGGAAGAGGAUGAUGUGGGCACGCCACCUGAUGAGCAGUUGGAAUGGUCGGCAGCACAAUCGCUGGUGCAAAUGAACUCCAAACAGGAGAAGCAGCGAUGUCUAGGCGUUGCUAUAACAGCAGCAGCAACAGGAGUAUCAAUGCGCCGUCCAGUGGCCUUUGGUCGCGCCCCAGCCGAGGAUGGCAAGGUGAUCUUCUAUGCGCCGCCAGCGAGUGCCAACGGAGCCGCCCGGCAACCGCAACCGAUGGCCAUAAAGCGUGAGCGGGAGCAACAAGUGGUUGCAGCUGCCAUUUACAGGGGACGCAGCGUGGAGGAGACGGAAGCGGCACACGAUCUGUUGUCGCUGUCGCAGAGCUUGCCACCGCUCAUACCGCCCUGUGUGGUGACCAUAAUGAAACAGGAGGUGGCACACAAGCCACACCAUCAGUCGGAGCAUCUGCCGAUCAUGCAAGAAAUCUCAAAUACUUCCAAAUCGCCACAAUCGCCGCAAUAUCAGAGCAGCAGCAGCAGCAGCGGAGGCAGCUCAAAUAUUCGAUUUAUUGGCAGUAGCUCAUACGACAUGUUGCACAGUCAUACGCCGGAGGCAUCGAACAAUUGUUCGCCAUUGACGCCGCCCAAUUCCGAUCACAGCUCCGAUGUGGACAUUGACAUGUCCUCGUCAUCCGAAUCCGGCCAAUUGCAUUGGAACAAACAGGCGACAGCGCAGCCACAACAACGUGCCUCCGCGUUGAAGAUGUGCCUCAACAUGCUCGAUGGUCGCACCAAGGCCAGCAAGGCGGCCAGCAAGGACAAGGAUCACCAGCAGCGACCCAAGAGCAUCAGCAGCAGCAGCAGCAGCAGCAGCAGCAGCAUUGCAGUCAGUGAAUCAUCGAACAGUGUUGCUGCCAGUGGAGCUGCUGCCGCCACGGGCAGCGGUGAGAAUUAUGCGAAACGCAAGCGUGGCUGCUACAAGUGCACCGAAUGUGGCAAGCAAUAUGCCACAUCCAGCAAUCUGUCGCGCCACAAGCAGACGCAUCGUUCCCUGGACUCACAGUCGGCCAAGAAGUGUAAUACCUGUGGCAAGGCCUAUGUCUCGAUGCCCGCCUUGGCCAUGCAUCUUCUAACGCACAAACUCUCGCACAGCUGCGACAUCUGUGGCAAGUUGUUCUCGCGUCCCUGGCUGUUGCAAGGACAUCUGCGCUCCCACACCGGCGAGAAGCCCUACGCCUGUGUCCACUGUGGCAAGGCAUUUGCGGAUCGCUCCAAUCUCCGGGCUCACAUGCAGACGCAUUCCGGGGACAAGAACUUCAAGUGUCAUCGCUGCAAUAAAACCUUUGCGCUCAAAUCGUAUCUGAACAAGCAUCUGGAGUCGGCUUGUCUCAGGGAUGCGGGUGCCAUAUCGAUGGGCAAGAGUGUCGAUGGGGAUCAUGAUGAUCAGGAUGAUGAGGAUGAGCUAAUGAAGCAGGAUAACGAACAGGAUCACGAUGAUCUCGAGGCGGAUGAGUUGGACAGCGAUGAGAACAGUCAGGAUAUUGUGGUAGCUUAAGACAUCUAUUAUCUAAUAUCCUAACUAAUCUAACCUAAUCUUAAAUA